GAUCUUUGAACGAUACGCUUCUUACAAUUUUUAACAUUAUUUUGUUGAAUUAUCUGGCCCGUAUAUCUAUCGAAUAAUUUAUUGUAGGAUAAGAUUGUCAUUUUCCCUUAAUACCUAUUUUUUUUAAAAUAUUCCAUUUCGAAAUCCAGUUUAUCGUAUGCUCGUCAAAUUCGAAACGCUUUCCAAGUUGAUUGCUACGACAUUUUUUCACUGCCACAUCUGCCAUACAGAUAUUUUUCACGGUUAUCCAACGGUUCUCGAAUCACGAAUAUUCGUACGUUCGUGUAUUUAUAUAUCCUUUAUAUAUAUUGAUUAUUUUCCUUCUUCUUUAUACAUUUAGUCACAUUUCUAUAUUACGUACAUUUCAACGAAACGAUAAAUUACAAUGAAGAGCAGUAUCGUAAUUUAAAAAAAAAAUAAUAAUUUUAUCCAGUCUUAUCUUCUAUUAUUCGAACACCGUGCGUAUCCCAAGUAUGGAUACAGUAGAAUUAACAGGGAGACAAAAAUAGAAUUUCCGAAUAAAUAGAACAAAAUAUUUUCUUUUGCAUUAAUCGCUUCGUUUAUUCGAGUAGAAACGAACAAAAUUGACAAGUUUCUUUCAAAAGUCCUAAAAGUCCCAUAUCUUUCUAGCCGUUAAGUCGUAAAUUUUUUAUUGUAAGCAGCUGCGUAGAAUUACGUUUCCCGUCGCGCCUCGAACCGUCCGACCGUCCGCUAUAUUCCUGCCAAUUUCGUUCCACUUUCACCGUCUUUUUUUAUUUCCUAUCUCUCUCUCUCUUCAACAGUUGAAGCUAGGCAUUUUUGUUUACAUCGCGAUACCCUUCUCUCCUUCGAACCGAAUUCAUGCGAUUACGUUUAACCGAACGCAGAAAAGUAUUUGUUACAUCCGAAUACGUUCACGUAUUUACGUUGCAAUCCAAGUACGUUGUACGUAAACAUCGCUACGAAAACGAUUGGAUAACAAAACAUACGGCUAAUAGAACGUCCGUUAUAUUAGGGUGUUGGGAUAAUGGGGAGGAGGUACGGUUACGGGAGUCUCUACCGUGGUUGGAGAAUCGAGCCGAGAGUCGGUUUAGCGUUUAAGUGGCAAGUUUUGUACGCGGGAGAGGAUCGUUCGUUGAUCCGUGGAAAAAUUGCGGGCGACACAAACGCCGCCGUUGAGCGGUGGUGAGCGGCAGGAAAUUUUAAUUAGACACCGGAAGAACUGAUUGGGCUGAAUUAUCUUCGUUUCGCGUCUCGAUGCGUGGCAUCGCGCACACGCGGCACCGCAUUGAAUAUUCGACGAACGAGCCGCGCUCGCAAUUACUCGGCCGAGAAGGCAAUUAUAAUUUUUUUUUUUCCCCGAGAUUUUUACACGCUCCGGAAUCCAUUGUAUGUACGCGUGUAUGUUUUUAUUCUUUUUUCUUUUUUCUUUUUUUUGUAAGUUGCAAGAGAGGGUUCUUGAAUAAUUCAUUCCGUCGAUGGUACAAUUGCUUUUUAAUUGAAUCGAGACGCCGCCACCGGGGAUCGGUCCCGCGUUAACGUAGUUUACAUUAAAAUUGCCGCUGAAAUAUUCAUUUUCCAGGCCACUAUUACCAGAUCACCGCGCGUUAAGAUAAAUAUAUAUACACGCCGGAUAUAUACGCGUGUGACACGUAAAACGCACACGCGUUCGCCCCCUUCUGUAUUUUAUCGUUUAUUUAUCGGUGAAAUCGUGGAGCACGUAUCUGGUGGGAAAGUAUAUGGAGAAUGAUAUAUCGAAUAUUGGAUAAUAAAUAAAAUUAAUUAUUGUUAUUAAUCAUAAACGUGUUUAAAUCGUCGUUCGACAUCUCUUCGUACUUCGAUAUUUUUCCACUUUCUAAUAAUAUUUUCUGGGAAAUGUUAAAUAUUGAAAUCUCUUAUUUCUUACGCUUAAGAUAUCUCGUGCUAAUAUUUUCCAGUAAUAUUUUCUAGAAAACUAGAAUUAUCACUUGAUCUAAUCUCUCAUUUAUAAUACUACUUGAAUCUUUAGCUAUCUCGAUCCUAUUCUUCCAGUUUCCAACAAUUCUCUUUAUAUCUAAUAUAAAUACAUCAUUAUCACGUGUACUUGUUUUCAUCACUGAAUUAUUAUCACUUAAUAAUCUCUUAAGAUAUCUCGAUCUAUGCCAAUAUUCCUCCAUUUUUCCACUAAUGUUUCCUGAGAAAUACUAAACACCGAAUUAAACGCUUAAUCUAAUCUCUCGUUUAUUAACACUUAAGUUUUAAGAUAUCUCGAUCCAUUCUUCCAAAAAUAUUUUCACGUAAAUUUUUUUCAUCAUCAUUUACACGACCUAAUCUCUGUAUUAAAAUUCAAAUCUUAAAAAAUCUCGAUAUUUAAAACAUAUCAAGAAUAUACUCUUCCAAUUUCCAAUAUAAUAUUUUCCAAGAAACACUGAAAUCUCUUAUUAAUAUCUCGUGCCUUAUAUUCUUCCAUUUUCCAAGAAACGCUAAACGCAAGAAUUAUCGCUUAAAAAUCUAAUCUCUUAUUUACACGCUUAAAUCUUAAGAUACCAAUAUAUAUUCUUCCACUACUUUAUCGCGUAAUUCUUUCUCUCUCUCUCUAACGCAUUAAUCAUCAACCCUCGAGUUCCUUCCUUCGAGCACGCGCACACUGUCUUCGCCUUCGUUUCUCCCCUCGCAACCCUCCCCCCUCCCUCCUUCACCUUUCACCUACGCCUCUCUCUUAUGACGCGGCGCCGGGGGAUGAGAUUGCAGCGCAAAUCUGAUUCUGUUGAAGCGAUAUUCAGAAUGUGUGUGUGUGUGUGUGUAUAAAUAAGAAAAGCCGCGUUCCGCUCGGGUUACAAUUUAUGAAGCUCGUGAACGUCAUUUGCCCACCGUCGGUAAAUGCCCCGUCCACUCUGACGUUUCACCAGGGGUGUAAACACACAGCUCGCCGUUUGAACGAAUAUAUCCGCCACUACGAACCACUCUCUUAUCCAACCGAAGAGGUCCACCGAGGUCACUUGAGGGCCAAGAGGUCGGUUACCCGCGACAAUUCCGUGACUCUGAAGUUUCGCUCGCACGGAAGGGACUUCCACAUUCGGUUGAAGCGGGAUCUGGCCACCUUUAGCAAUAAUUUAAUUAUCGAAGGGCCGUCCGGUCAAACGGAAGACCUCGAUACGUCCCAUAUUUACCAGGGCCACUUAGUCGGCGAGCCCGGCAGCCACGUGUUCGGAAGUAUCAGCGACGGCGUUUUCCACGGGAAAAUCAUAUCGCCCCGAGGUGGCGCGUGGUACGUGGAAAAGGCGUACUAUUACUUCCCGCCGCACGAGAUAAAUGACACGUUGCAUUCCGUCAUCUAUCAUGAGAAUAACGUGGACGAUCCGUACGCCCAUCUUCGAAAAGGUGAAACGGGAGGUUGCGGCAUCACCGACGACGUGGUGGAGUGGAUGGACAGGAUACAAAAUUCCGCGGAACCGGACGAGGAACGUCCGGUGACCGAGAAGAAAUCCGAGCCGCCGCCGGUGGCGAAACCGUGGAACGGUGAUCAGGAGUCGCCCGGGCACAAGUAUUCGAGGGAAGCUAACGAGCCUGGCCACAGGAGGACGCGGAGGGCGACCAGGCCGAAGGAGGACAAGAAGAACAACACUUGUUCCCUUUUCAUUCAAACCGAUCCCCUGAUAUGGAGACACAUAUCGGAACAGUUACACCACGACGCGGAGAAGACCAGGGAGGAGAUAUUGUCUCUGAUCGCGCAUCACGUCACCGCGGUGAAUUACAUUUACAGAGACACCAGAUUCGACGGGAGGAUCAAGCAUAGAAACAUCAAGUUCGAGGUGCAACGGAUAAAGAUCGACGACGACACGGCGUGCACGCCCCAACAAACGUACGGCGAGCCAAAUCCUUUCUGCAUGGAGAACAUCGACGUCAGUAACUUUUUAAAUUUGCAUUCGCUCGGCAACCACGAGGAUUUCUGCCUCGCGUACGUGUUCACCUACAGAGAUUUUACCGGCGGUACUCUUGGUCUUGCCUGGGUAGCAUCCGCAUCUGGCGCAUCCGGUGGCAUUUGCGAGAGAUACAAAACGUAUACGGAGACGGUCGGUGGGAUGUACCAGUCCACCAAGAGAUCCUUGAACACCGGGAUCAUCACUUUCGUCAAUUACAACAGCAGAGUGCCUCCUAAAGUGUCGCAGUUGACGUUGGCCCACGAGAUAGGGCACAAUUUUGGAUCGCCUCACGAUUUUCCACCCGAGUGUAGGCCGGGUGGCCUCCACGGAAAUUACAUCAUGUUUGCUUCUGCGACGAGCGGGGACCGGCCGAACAACAGCAAAUUUUCGAAAUGCAGUAUAGGGAAUAUCAGUAACGUGUUGGACGCCAUAGAAGACAAGAAGAAGAAAAAUUGUUUCACCGCCUCUGCUGGAGCUUUCUGCGGUAAUAAGAUAGUUGAAGCCGGGGAAGAGUGCGAUUGCGGGUACGACGACAACGAAUGCGUGGAUAAGUGUUGUUAUCCAAGGCAGAUAUCGGAUUUGGAUAAAAUGAAGAACGACACGGCCAAGGGUUGCACCAGAAAAUCCGGAACCCAAUGCAGUCCCAGCCAAGGGCCUUGUUGUUCGAGCGAAUCCUGCCAGUUCGUUCCCCUCUCCAAAAACGUUCAAUGCAAGGCUGAAUCCGAUUGUAGUUACAAUUCAACGUGUAACGGGCGAUCCUCAGAGUGCCCUCCGCCGUUGCCAAGAGCCAAUAAGACUAGAUGUAACGAGGGAACUCAGUUGUGCAUCAACGGAGAGUGUACGGGAUCGAUUUGCCUGGAAUGGAACUUGACCGAGUGCUUUUUAACGAGUAACGUAAUUCCAAACAUCGAUAAACGUAAACUGUGCGAAUUAGCCUGCCAAAAUGGAACCGAUCCAUCGACCUGCCGUAGCACCAGCGAAUUUGCGCACGUAGUCGGUCUACCCGAAGGUGGAAUCAGCCUCAGACCUGGAUCACCUUGUGAUAAUUUUCAAGGAUAUUGUGAUGUAUUUUUGAAGUGUAGAGCCGUUGACGCAGAAGGACCAUUAGCCAGAUUGAAAAAUCUUUUAUUCAAUAAGGAUACAUUGCGUACAGUAGCACAAUGGAUAACUGAAUUCUGGUGGGCGGCAGUGUUAAUGGGAAUAGCUUUCAUUAUUUUCAUGGGGUUGUUCAUCAAGUGCUGCGCCGUUCACACUCCAUCGAGUAAUCCUAAGAAACCACCGGCCAGACGUAUCAGCGAUACUCUAAGAAGACCGAUGAACACUCUGAGAAGAAUGCGACAUCCACACGGAGGUGGAGCAGGUCCCAGAAGUAUACCUCCCAGACAAGGUCAAGGAGGACAUGGUACAAGGGGACCCUCUCACGGUUAUGGAGAGGGUAGAGGUGCUCAGUAUUAUCCGAAAGCAGGCUAUCGCUCGGUUCCCACAGCUAGUGCGCCACCCAGCGGCAGCGCAGCACCCAACUACGCCCGGUCCAACCAUCCCGAAUUGUACGCAGGCGCCUAUUCGGGCUCCGGGGGAGGGGGGAGGGCCUCAGCCUACGAGAUGAGGCAUCACAACAAGGUGUGACGAUCCUAGAGAACUGCAACCGAGAACAAGGGACGGGACGCUCGACGUUGCACCGUAAAUUGUUCACUUGUUUAAUGCCAAACUGUGAAACGAGCCGAUCCACAUCUUGUAUAUCUCCUCUCAAGAUCAAGAUCGAUCAAAUCAAUGGAAGGGAAUAUCAACUACGACGUAAUCGAAUAUAUUUGAAAGUAUCGAAGCUCUCAUUUCAAAGUAAACUCGCGCAAAGGGACUUACCGGUUCGGAAAAUUGUAUAAAUUGGUGAAGUGUAUUAUAUAUAUAUGAUCAAUGGUGAUAUAUCGAGACUUCUCGUUUGACGUUGAUUUUUUUUUUCUUUUUUUUUUUUUUAUCAGCAAAGUAUAAUAUACGGGGACAUCGACGUUGCGGGGAAAAAAAAAAAAAAACGAAACGAACGAACAGCGUUGUGAACGUGAUAGAUAUUCGUAAAAAUUCGUAAAAAAGAAAAAGACGU